AUGGCCGUGAAGUCGGAGGUUGAUGAUGCUCAGGUUAGCGACAUGAGGGAGCACCUGAGUCAGCAGCACAUUCAGCACGCCAAGCUGAUGGCUGAUGCUGAUUGGGGUAGCUAUGAGGGAGGGAGGUCGGCAGAAAGGAGGAAGCUGCUUUACUUGAAAGGGGAGAGGCUAUUUAUUCGGCAGCUUUGCUUCUCGCUCGAGCACUACUGCACGGUACCACGAGCUUCGGCAGGCAGUCAGGGAGGCACAUAUGAGACCUGUUAUGUUGGCUUGAGUUGCGUGACUGAUGAUAGGAGGAGGCCAAAAAAAGCUGAGAUGGAUUUUCCGGACAGGAACUCAAGAGGAUGGCCGAGGAGUUUGUCGAUGGCUCGACCCAACCCGGAAAAAAACGACCCGACCACAUUCCCCAUGGAUGAAUGAUAACUGGUUUACGCCCAAAAUUUUGCCAUAGUUUGGAGUUGAAAGUGUGAAUGAAAUACUGGAAAAUGUAAAUGAAAUGAGGAUUUAUUUCGAAUAUUUCAAAGAAGAAAAAACUGAGAAGAAAAUGGCGAGGGCCAUCUCCCUUCACUUUGCAACUGUCUCGGAUUUGUGUGUAAUUAUUUCUGUAAGCCCAAGCCCAUGAGGGUAUGAUUGGGCCAUGCCCAUUUUCAAUUUUGUUUUUUU